UGGGUGAAGGGCGCGGACUGGCAGCUCCGGAUCUUGCUCACGCCAUGCUCCGAGAGCGACUUCGAGAGCGCGAUGGAGACGGAGCCGCCAGCUGGGGCCAACAGGGCAGGGCAGCUGCGGUUCGCGAUAACCCCGGACGGCGACGCGCACCCACACGCAUUGACGGCCCCUGGGCUUUCAGGAGCGGCGGCGCUCGACGACGAGAACCAUAUCAUUCAGGAGAGCGCAGCGGGGGCAGUGCUUCGGAAGAUCGCGAAGGUGCACGGCCACGACUGGCAGCCAUCGCCGAUGGAGCUCUUCGCCGCCCUGGAGGUGGCCCGGGUCAGCCCCCAGCCCAGCCCCGACGGGGGCAGCCGCUCAUCCGGCGCCCGGCCAGGAGCGAGGCGCCGGCUAGCGGGCGAGCAGCCGAUAGUGUCUGGAGCGACUCAGACUGGUAGCAUCGACGCGGGCUACGAGCACCAGCCGGACGCGGCGCCGAACGUUUGGAUCGUGAAGGGCCCCUCGGGCAAUGCCAGCGUGCACACCAUCAUCGGGAAUGCGGCGGUGGACGAGCACGCUGCCAUCGCAGGUUUCGCGGCGGCGCGGCAGGGCGACGAGGUGCUGCUGCUCAAAGAGGGCGCCGCCGCGGAGGCCAACGCCGACCUCGACGCUCGCGCCCUGUCGGUGGAGACCGCGGCCGACGGCGAGCGGCGCAGGAACUUCAGGGAGAGUGCCGAGCUGCUGACAGAGAGCCACUGGGAUGGCUGGCCGAUCCGCGGCCCUCGCACCACGGCCUGGCGCGCCCAGUUCAUUGCCGAGCAGGAUCAGCAUCCUCGGAGCCGCCACGCCAAGUGGCGCCAUGAGCGUGGUCUGGGCGCUUCGGACACUGGCGUCGGGGUCCACGAGCUGGCCAUGAGGUUUCUUGAGAUAUCGGCAUGCUUCGAUCAAUUGAAUAUCACCGAGCUGGCUUGCGUCGAGCUCUUGAUGAGGAAGGUUCAACUCGCAGAAUGGCGGCACCGUGAGCGUUUGACAUCGCGCGCUGGCUCGGACGACCUGUUGGAGGACGAGUUCCUGUACCUCGGCACUGGUGAGACCCGGGGCCUCAUCAUGGUGGCCCCGGGUCUCCAGGGCCACAUCAGUCAGGAGCUGCGCCGGGAGUGCGCCACCGCCAAGGAGAGGAGGAGGGUGCGCGCGGAGCGCAUGGCAGCGCGCCCGCCUGGCGGGCGCGCCAGCGGCGGCGCGGCCGGGGCUUCUGGCACGACCGAGCUCGAGAAGAAGGCGGCGCGGCAGGCGGAGGAGAUCCGCCGCCUCCAGGCCGUCGAGGGCGGCAGGGGCGCGGCCAUCCCCGCGGCGGAGCUCGGCGGCGUGCCCCGCUCCGUUCGCUCGCGCCUGCGGCGCCGAGGCCACGUGCACACGCUCGCCGGUGACGUCGUCGACACCCUUAAUUCGCUGUGCGGGCUGUGCGGUGCCCGCCCCGGCUACGUGCAGGAGCCGGAGCAGCGCGCCACCUACCAGGAGGGCAAUGUCGCCCUGCCGGACCUCGGGGACGCUCCGAGCAUCCGCCCGUGCUCAGACCCCGCGCUGGUCUCGGACCCAGUUGCCUACGCGAAGUUCGUGGGGGACCCAGUGGACGCUGGCGCGGCGGCUUGUGGGCCCAAGGGCCCGCACACAGUUGGUAUCUUUCUUGUGCGGAAGACGUCUGGGCAGCUGCGGCCGAUCAUCGAUGCAAGGUUGGUCAAUUCCCGGUUCGUAGACCCGCACCACACCGUGCUGGCCACCCAAGGCAGCUGGCAGAGUCUAGAGACGCCUGAGGGGGGCCUCCUGCACGUGGCGCAGCUCGACGUCGACAGCGCCUUUUAUCGUAUCGAUCUACCUCCUGGACUGGAUCAAUAUUUACUGCUGCCUGCCGCGUUGUUCAGUGCGUUCGAGAAGGUUCGCCCCGACUUGGCGAAGCUGAUCGAUCCCGCCUGUCACAGCCUCUACUUCUGCCAAGAGCUCGUCACCGGCGCCGUGCUGGCCUCGGGCUUCGGAGCGGAGCAGUGGGUGAGGGGCCGCCACAGCACCUCGCCGAUUGCGGAGGUGAACGCGGCCGCGGUCCACGUCGACGGGGUCGCCGUCGUCGGGGCUUCGACGGACGUGAACGCCGACUGCGAGAAGGUGGAGUGGGCCCUCACCGCACGGGACUUGCUCUGCAAGGGCGUGGUCGCCGCGGGCCCUGACCAGAAGUUCAGUGGCCUCGUCUUCGACGCCGAGUCGGGCAUCGCGUCGCUCCCUCGCGAGCGCAUGUGGAAGACCCGACUGGCGCUGAUCGAGGCUGCCUCCGCCCCCUACCUCACGGGCAAGCAGGGACGGUCGAGCGGCUCAUCGGCCACUGCGCCGGGGGGCGCGCUUCUCCGGAGGGAGCUGCUCGCCGUCUUCCAGCUCGGGCACAUCUUCGCCCGCGAGGCGGGGCCCCCGCGCUGGCGCGCGUGGAGUGGUGUUCGUCGCGAGCUCCUGGACGCCGCCAACCUGAUCCUGUUCGCUUUCAUGGACUCCAGGAGGCCUUUCUCUGACCGGGCGCUGGCCACCGACGCGUCCCGCGGCGGCUCCGUUGCCGGCGCUUUCGGCGCCGCCGAGCGGACGGUGACUCGGUCGGCCGCCCGCGACGUCAUGGCUCAGGCUGAGCGGUGGCGCUACGCCACCGAGGACAUGAUCACGGCGCGGCAACAUGCACUACAGAAAACAGACGUCAGCCCUAUCAUUCCACCCGUCAGCUCUAUCACGGACUUCUCGAGCGUCAGCUUCGAUUUUGUCGGGAUGAAG